GUGACUGUCUCUUGGACUUGCUGUGUUCUCUUUGGCUCCUUCUCAUCAUUCAGGACGCUGGGUUGGUGAGCAUCCUAAAAUAGACGCCACCUCAAGAGUAUUCAGUCUCCAUCAAAAUCCAGGUGAAAUUUGUUGGACAUGUGGUGUGGGACUGCUCCCCUUGUUGUGGUGCUUGCAAUGUGUUGGACCUACUGCAUCUUGGAUGGAGUAGCAGCUAAAAAGGAGAGGAAAAAGCUCAAGGAGACACCACUGCAACACACGGAGACCUACAACGUGACUCUGUCCAACAGCGAAGAAGAAUCUGGAAUUCCCAAGGUUUCUGACAACCAGAGAGUGGAUCCAUUGGGAUCAUGGAUGGACUUUGUCAAAAGACCUGUUGGCAACUUCCCAGCAAAAUGUCGCAAAAGGAAAAGACCUCUGCCAGGCCCACCUGGUCCUCCAGGUCCUCCGGGCCCACAAGGACCACCCGGCUCACCUGGAGCCGAGGUCACCCAGGAAGUUCUCCUCCAAGAGUUCAAAGAAAUGAUAAAAGAGGCUACGGAGAGACGAGCGGUGGCUGUGGAUCGACAACCCUCUUCCAGCCAGCUGCCCGUGGCUCUCCUCACAUUGCAGGAAGGCAUGACCUCCUACAGGAGGAUAGAUGAGGCUUUCCACUGCAAACUCAAGGGACCCAUAGUUGUGGACAAGAAGACUCUGGUGGAGCUCCAGAAUUUUCAAACACCACCAGCUAAGGGAGCCUUCCUGAGAGGGUCAGGCAUGGACCAGGCUACUGGCAGAUUCACCGCCCCCAUCACAGGCAUCUACCAGUUCUCUGCCAAUGUCCACAUUGAUCACAGUGAAGUGAAGAAAAGCAAGAGCCAGUUGAAGGCCAGGGACAAUGUCCGUGUCUUAAUCUGCAUCGAGUCACUUUGCCACAGAUACACCUCAUUGGAGAUGAUUGUUGGCUUGGAAAGUAACAGUCGGAUCUUCACUGUGAGCGUUCAGGGACUCUUGGAGCUCCAGGACGGCCAAUACACCUCCAUCUUUGUGGACAACGCAGCCGGGGCCUCUAUUACGAUACAGAACGGCUCCGACUUCAUGGGUGUGCUCCUCGGGGUGUAGCGUCACGUCGUGGCAAACUGCGAUCGUUGUCUUCGAACGAACCGCUUACGGGCGCCACAAUACGACAGCAAGCACGGCCACGUUCCGAGCGAGUUCCAACUGACUUUUGACCCGACGCUGUGUGAUAAGUUGUGGGUUGAAGUGGGCGGAGCUAAAGUGAGUUGUGGUUUCUAUUUCACUGCCUCUCCCUUGGACCAGGUUGUGCUGCUUCACCAGUAAAAUGACCUGAACAUGUCAAACGUUAUUGUUGUGCUUAUGAGUCUUUUUACUCCACGUACUGUACAACAUAGAAUGAAUAUGAACUUCUUUCUGUAUAUAUACGUAUAUACAUAUAUAUAUAUGACUCAAACUGUCUUUAGUGCAUUUUCUCGAACAAUUAAUAAUAAUCCAGUAUAUAUCUAUUUUUUACAUUAGUUGUGAGUGUUGCUGAGAUGGUAAAAACACAGCACCUAAAGGUGUUUUGUUUAAGAGUGUGGUUGUUAUCGCAACACUAUUCGAUGUCACAGAAAUGUUGAUUUGAUCCUGCCCAAAUGCAUCAGCAGGCUGUAUAUCAGUGACUGUUAUAUAUUCCUGCCAUACAUUUGUAAUUUAUCAUUAGUGCACAAGAUUCCUUAGGAUUAUACUUUUUCAUAUUUAUGUUUGAGAAAAUGUAUCACUCUUAUGGUAUUUGACAGAUUCCUGCAGCAAUAAAAUUAUAUCUUUUUACUGUAUUGUACUAU